GUACCGUACAAAAAUUGAUAAAGAGGAAGUUUCCAACAACACGACGGAUCAAAGAGAAUAAAAAGCAUUUUUUGUUCAAUUGAAUUCUUCUUCUAUGGAGGGAAAGAGGGUUUAAGCUUCUUUCUCUCUUUUCUCAUUUUUUUAUUAGUUCAUUAAUCUUUAUUUCAUUUUGGCGGGAAUUCGAUUCAUCUGUUUUUUGAAAGAACAAUUACUGUUAUUAUUUAAGCGUUGAUUGAUUAUUGAUGUGAUCGAAGAGCAAUGGGCGGAUUAUCCGACAAUUCGAAGGGAGUGAUAUUAGCAGUGGCGUCAAGCGCUUUCAUCGGCUCGAGUUUUAUCUUGAAGAAGAAAGGGCUCAAGCGUGGCGGUAUUUCUGGUAUUCGCGCAGGAGUUGGAGGAUUUACCUACUUACUAGAGCCACUAUGGUGGGCGGGGAUGAUAACGAUGAUCAUCGGAGAGAUUGCAAAUUUUGUAGCAUAUAUCUAUGCUCCUGCAGUUCUAGUUACCCCACUUGGUGCUCUAAGUAUAAUCGUUAGUGCUUGCCUGGCACACUUUCUGUUGAAGGAACGGAUUCAGAAAAUGGGGAUUGUAGGUUGUGUGUCCUGCAUUGUCGGUUCGGUGGUGAUUGUAAUUCAUGCACCCCAAGAGGAAACCCCAAGUUCUGUACAAGACAUUUGGACUCUAGCAACACAACCAGCUUUUCUGUUUUAUGUAGCAGCUUCACUUUCAACAGUUUUAGCUUUGGUUUUGCAUUUUGAGCCUCGUUAUGGGCAGACAAAUAUACUGAUUUAUUUGGGAAUCUGUUCGUUAAUGGGUUCUCUUACGGUUGUUAGCGUCAAGGCCGUCGGAAUUGCUAUAAAGCUUACAUUGGGUGGGACAAGUCAGAUUGCUUAUCCUCAAACUUGGUUUUUUGUUACAGUUGCCACAAUCUGUGUCAUUACACAAUUAAUUUACCUCAAUAAGGCCUUGGAUACAUUCAAUGCUGCACUUGUUUCUCCUGUAUAUUAUGUCAUGUUCACAACUUUGACCAUUAUUGCUAGUGUAAUCAUGUUUAAGGACUGGUCAGGCCAACACGCGGGCAGCAUUGCUUCUGAGAUAUGUGGAUUCAUCACCGUACUGUCGGGAACAAUCAUACUUCAUGUGACAAGAGAACAGGAACCACCUCCUUCAGUAGGAAUAGUUACUUGGUUUAUUAGUGGGGAUUCAAUAAAGAAUCCCGAGGACGAACCUUUAUUCACUCAUCGCCGUGUGGACGAGUAUUACGAGCCGUGAGGUUUCAUUCUAAGGCAAUUGUUCUCAUCUACCCCACUCGGAUCAACGUUAAUCCUCGGUGGUGUAUAUAUACAUGUCGAAAGCGAAGCAAAGCGAAAUAAAGAGAGUUGCUUUCCGAGGAUAUAGUUUGUGCUGUUGGGGAAGGUAAUCUCGGUGAUGCCUUUAUUUUCCCUGACAAGCUUACCAAUGAGACCCCAACCUGUAUCAGUUAAUGCACCAUGAACUGGAAUCAACUGGUUUUCACAGACAGUGAAUUUAGGUCAAUUCUAGUUUUAGUCCU